AUGAAACGGGAUAAAGAAACCGGCAUUGAUGUUUUAAUCUGCGGCGGCGGAUUGGCAGGCCUAUCAUUCGCCAUUGAAGCUUACCGCAAAGGCCACAAUGUCCGAAUACUGGAAAAGCGGCCUGACUUGGACGAUUUUGGCGACAUCAUUGCCAUUCAAUCUUCGGCCCUGUAUUCACCAAAAGAAUGGCCUGGCUUUCUCGAGACCCUCGAGGACUCGAUGUAUCCUUCCGAGUCAGAAAUGUUCAAGUCGGACGGUACACUUGUUGGCGUCAACAAACUAGGGGAUCCUAAUAAUCGUUCAAUCGCAUUAAACAGGGGUAGCUUACACCAGGCGCUGCACGACUAUGUCACACAGUUAGGAAUACAGGUUGAGUUCUCGGCAAACAUUGUCGAAUAUUUCGAGACUGAAGAUUACGGUGGCGUCAUUUUGGAUGACGGGAGAAAACUCACGGCGGAUGUUGUUGCGGCUGCUGACGGCGUAGGUUCCAAAUCCUGGGGACUCGUGCUGGGACACAAGAGCACGCCAAUCAGCUCGGGUUUUGCUCUCUACCGAGUUACUUUCCCAGUGGAGGAAGCGCUCAAGAAUCCCGUCGUUGCGAAAAUGUAUGAGGGGUUUGAAAGGCGGAUCAUGAUAUUCCUUGGUAAAGACGUACACAUGGUCACGGGAAAGGGAAAGAAGGAUAUAUGCUGGAUCUUGACGCACAAGAGUGAUAGCACAGCCUCUGAGGAUUGGGUUAGGCCAGACAUUCCCGUGGAAAAAGCUCUCUCAUUCAUGGGCGGCUGGGAUGAGUUUACACAUGAGCUAGUUAAAUCUACUCCCGGAGGAGUUUGUACGCACUGGAAACUCAUGUGGCGCGACCCUCAACCCACAUACACAUCGCCUCUUGGCCGCGUGAUCCAAAUAGGUGACGCGGCUCAUGCCUUUUUGCCUACCUCUGGAUCCGGCGCUACUAUGGCUUGGGAAGAUGGAUUUUCUCUCGCCGCAUGCUUGCAAGUAGCUGGCAAGCAAAACGUCCCGCUGGGUGUCAAGGUUCAUAACAAACUCAGAUUUGAACGUGUUGCUUGUGCUCAGAAACUUGGGUUUAAGAUUCGUGAGGUUUUUCACUCUGGUGACUUGGAAAAGACGCAGAACAGCCAAGCGUCUGCGACCCGUCCGUUGGGUGAUUGGGUGUUGAAGCAUGACCCAACAGAAUACGCCUAUGAAAAUUACAAUACCUGCGCCGAACACAUUUUGAAAGGAACUCCAUUCACGAACACCAACUCUCCAAAGGGUUACACCUAUAAACCAUGGACAGUGAAAGAGCUGCUUGAAGCUUCAGCUCGUGGAGAGGUUGUUAUUGAUGAUGGGGACUGGUCUUAG